AGCCGAAAGAUGACAUUAACAGCAUUCCCGAAGUAUGAGCAUAUGGCGACCAAUGUCGUAUGCUUCCAGCACCAGUUCGAGGGAUGACCUAUUACCACAGGGCACUCAAGGCUCAGGCAUUUCUGGAUACAGCCACUGAUGAAAUGGUGGAGCAGGGGUACAGAUCUGCAAUGUCUAAGGAGGCUGCUUCGGGUGAAAGCUUAACACUGCCACAGUAUUGCGAAGCCCUGGCAGAUCUGAAGUUCGUGUAUGUGGUAACAGCACAGAUUUUCGGAGCGCAGAAAAAAGGAAAAGCAGACUCGCCAGCGAGGGCUAUUUAUGAGGAGAUUUUGAAAAUGAUGGAGCAACAUUCUUCACUCCGAAUCGCUUACAUUGAUGGUGAGGAGAAGAGUCCAUAUUCCGUACUUGUGAAGUAUGAUCAGGGGACUAAGCAGGAUCAGGAAGUCUAUCGGAUCAAGUUGCCGGGUAAGGUCGUGCUUGGAGAAGGAAAGCCAGAAAACCAGAAUCAUGCGAUCAUCUUCACACGUGGAGAGGCUGUUCAAGCUAUUGACAUGAAUCAGGACAACUACCUAGAAGAGGCCAUGAAAAUGCGGAAUCUCCUUGAAGAAUUUGACUGCAAAAUGGAUCGGCACAAGCCAACUAUCCUGGGUCUGCGAGAACACAUUUUUACAUCAGCAGUGUCGUCGAUUGCUGAGUUUAUGUGCGCGCAGGAGUUGGCGUUUGUGACCAUUGGGCAACGUGUUCUUGCAAGACCAUUGAGGGUGCGCAUGCAUUAUGGACACCCAGAUGUGUUUGAUCGGUUGUUCCAUAUCACUCGUGGUGGAAUGAGCAAGGCAUCAAAGACCAUCAAUGUUAGUGAGGAUAUCUAUGCAGGCUUCAACACCACACUCAGGGGAGGGAGUGUAACCCAUCAUGAGUACAUCCAGGUUGGAAAAGGGCGAGAUGUGGGCCUGAAUCAGAUAUCUAUGUUUGAGGCGAAGGUAUCAGCUGGGAACUCAGAGCAGAUGCUGAGUCGGGAUGUGUACCGGCUGGGCCACAUGUUCGACUUCUUCCGAAUGCUGUCAUUUUACUUCAACACUGUGGGUUUCUACAUCAGCACCUUGAUGAUUGUGCUCACGGUCUACUUAUUUCUUUACGGCAGAAUCUAUAUGGCGUUGAGUGGGAUAGAGGAGUACCUGUUGGGGCUUGGCGAAACUUUUGGAGAAAACGCCCUCCUUGCAGUCCUCAAUGCUCAGCUUCUGGUGCAGAUCGGCAUACUCUCGGCAAUUCCUAUGCUGGCAGAAUUCAUGCUUGAACGUGGUUUCUUUCAGGCUAUAUUUGAUUUCGGAAAGAUGUUCCUCCAUCUCUCUAUGGUCUUCUUCACUUUUUCGAUGGGAACCAAGUCCCACUACUUUGGCAGGACCCUAAUACAUGGCGGCGCAAAGUAUCGAGCGACCGGAAGAGGGUUUGUGGUGGCUCACAUCCGUUUCGCAGAGAACUUCAGGCUUUUUGCAAGAAGCCAUUUCAUUAAGGGGGUGGAGAUCAUCGCACUCUUGUCCAUUUACAUGGUGUGGAGCCCAAUCAGCAAAAAGAGCUUUAUGGCCUAUGUCUUCCUGAUGGUGUCCACGUGGUUCCUUGCUUUCUCAUGGUUGUUUGCUCCAUUCAUUUUCAACCCUUCCGGGUUCGAUUGGCAGAAGACGGUUGAUGAUCUGGAUGAUUAUACGAAGUGGCUAUUCCGAAAAGGAGGCAUUGGUGUCGACGGAAAUCAGAGCUGGGAGAGAUGGUUUGAAGAUGAGCAUGAGCACAUCAGAGGAUGUCUUGGUCGUCUUGUGGAGAUUAUCUUGGCCCUGCGGUUCUUCAUUUACCAGUUUGGAGUAGUGUAUGCCUUGGACGUAACGAAGAAACACAAGAAGAGGAGCUUGAGUGUUAAUGGCAUGCUUGGAAAGAGAAUUAGCGAAAAGCUUCGCACUAUUUUCCGGGUGAUGCAGUUCCUCUCUGUGUGUGGCGUGAUCAUCGCACUGGCAGUGAUCAUCAAUAAAACAGACCUCUCCUCAGCCGAUGUUGUUAUGUCCUUGCUGGCAUAUGCAUGCACUGGCUGGGGCAUCGUCCAGAUUGGUGUUGCUAUGAAACCGCUGACCAAGAAGGUGAGACUCUGGGGCACCAUCAGGAAGAUGGCCUGGUUCUAUGACGCCACAUGCGGCUUCAUAAUCUUCCUUCCUCUGGCUAUCCUUGCCUGGUUUCCGUUCUCGUCAACGAUUCAGUCGAGGCUUUUGUUCAAUCAAGCUUUCAGCCGCGGUCUCGAGAUUUCCCUCAUUCUCGCGGGCAACCGACCGAAUCAGUAGCCAGGGUAGUGAAGUGGUGUACUUCAAUUUUGGCUUUAUCCUGAUCUGCGAAGCACGCUCAUAAACUCAGGCUAUCAAGGCUGUGAAAGUCGGUGGAACGCGAUCGUUCACGAUAUAUACUCGCUGCAGUGGUGAGUCCUUCAAUCGCAGGAUCUGGUUCACAUCUGUGGGGCGCCUCUCCACAGCACUCGCGCCAAUCCGGAAGGGAACGAGGCAGCUAAGUUUGCCUUGUAGCUGAUGACGAUGCCGUCGCAAUUCUAGAACGACACCGAGGAGCUUUGCCUUUUGAGUCCCUCUGGGGACGCUCGGAAAGGGAUGUCAGCCGAUCGCGAUCGUGCACGAUGUAUGCUCGCUGCAGUGGUCAGUCCUCCGAUUGCAGGAUCUGGGGCAUAUGCUUUGGAGAUGAUGCGGUCGCAAUUCUAGAACGACUCUUCGUUAUAGCCGUGUACCUGGUGCAACUUUCAGUCCAGAUGCGGCAAUAAUUACCGGGCGUUCUAUUCGGGUGGGUGGAGACAGUAGUAUGCUCAUUGCAGCGGUCAGCCCUUCAAUCGCAGGAUCUGGUUGACGUCUGUGGGGAUCCUCUCGACAGGAUUUGCACAAUCCCGAAGACGAAGACCAGAAUAGAACCUCUACAACGCCGUCGCAUUUCGAGAAUGACUCUUCAUGGAACUUUGCCUUUGAGUCCUUGGACGCUUUGAAAAGCGAUGGGUGGAGAAAGAGAUUGGCCACUGCUUUGGAGAUUGUUAUCAAUUUACGUUGAAGAAUUGUUGCACGCAUUGGGUGGAUGGGAAGGGGUCUAAUUUUUGGGGAGGGGAUGUCGUUUGCCUGCAAGCGAAUUUGUUUUCCAGAAUGCUACCUACCGUCUUCACCGGAAUGCAAUGUAGAGUCCUCUUGAUAGCUGUGCAUUGGGUGCAACUUUCAGUCCAGGUUCGGAAAGAAUUACCGAGCAUUGGGCGAAGACGGAAGUACGUGCGGGGCAGAGCGUCUGGGUGGGUGUGGAUGCGCUUCUUGUUGCGGCUUGGGUGAGGAGAAGCACGCAGAGUCCGACUCUCCGUAGCAUCUUGUGCUAUGGCAACCCAUCUUGUGUACCUUCUUAUGCAGAGUGAUUGCUGCAAGGAUGUGCACGGGCUAAAAGGGGGAAGAGGAUUGCGUCCGUUGUUCGACUUGCCGGGCAGCAAUUUGAAGCAACGAGGAUGGCCGGAAUUCAUGAGAAAAAAAAAACAGAAGAGCAGCAAGAGCUCUUUUUCAUCUUCCCAGCCAAUGCGUCCAAGCAGACGAGAGGUGUGCGUCUCCACAUGUCUUGUAGCCUUGAGAAGACGGCCUUGACGAGCAUGCAUCGCCAGCUAUAAAUUAUCAUCG